ACGCGCUCCCUCCCUCCCGUCUCCGGGUCCCCCGCCCUUCCACUCACUCCGGCCCACUCCAGCGACGACUUUGAGGGAUUCCCUCUCCUAGCGGCCUCUGCAGCAGCACAUCUAGCCUCAUUCGGGACAACUAAGAGCAUGGAUCUCCAAGGAAGAGCCAUUCUCGGCGCCCACAGACUUCGAGUGCUUCUGAUGUUUUUCUAUACAGUGGCUCGAAUCAUGGCAGAACAAGAAGUGGAAAAUCUUUCAGGCCUUUCCACUAACCCUGAAAAAGAUAUAUUUGUGGUGCGGGAAAAUGGGACAACAUGUCUCAUGGCAGAGUUUGCAGCCAAAUUUAUUGUACCUUAUGAUGCUUGGGCCAGCAAUUAUGUCGAUCUGAUCACAGAACAGGCUGACAUCUCAUUGACCCGGGGAGCUGAAGUGAAGGGCCACUGUGGUCACAACGAGUCGGAGCUGCAGGUGUUCUGGGUGGAUCGUGCAUAUGCACUGAAAAUGCUGUUUGUAAAGGAAAGCCACAACACUUCCAUGGGACCCGAGGCGACCUGGAGGCUGAGCAAGGUGCAGUUUGUUUAUGACUCUUCUGAGAAGACCCACUUUAAAGACGCAGUCAGUGCUGGGAAGCACACAGCCAACUCGCACCACCUCUCUGCCUUGGUCACCCCAGCUGGGAAGUCCUAUGAGUGUCAGGCUCAGCAGACCAUUUCUCUGGCUUCCAGCGAUCCACAGAAGACUGUUACCAUGAUCCUGUCAGCCGUUCACAUCCAACCCUUUGACAUCAUCUCAGAUUUUGUCUUCAGUGAAGAGCAUAAAUGUCCAGUGGAUGAGCGAGAACAGUUGGAAGAAACCUUGCCCCUGGUUUUGGGACUUAUCUUGGGCCUUGUCAUUGUGGUAACGCUCGUAAUUUACCACAUCCACCACAAAAUGACUGCUAAUCAGGUGCAGAUUCCUAGGGACAGAUCCCAGUACAAGCACAUGGGCUAGGGCCCAUUAGGUAGGCAGCCCUCAAGCCCUGUCCCCCAACUGGAUCAAGUAGAAAAACAAAAGCACUUUCCACCUUGUACACAGGAAACACCAACAUAGCUACACUCCAACAGUCCUGGGCAUCUGAGGCUUGCUUGACCUGCGUCCAUGCUUACACCCAGGAAUGGGGGUUCUUUGGAUUCAUAGGACAAAAUGACAGUUGCUUUCUCCAUGCUGGAAAUUAAGGGGGAAGGAGGGCAGCCAACUUUUAUACUCAUGAUGGCUUGGAUUUGAUUCCUAAGGAGCAAAAAUACCACUUGGAGAGGUAUCUGGCCCUGAAGUUUGGGGUUCAGAAACACACCUUUCUUUUGGGAAGAAAUCUUUGGGAAGAUUCCUCUUUAGAUUCAGAGGGGUAGGGGGUGCUAUGCUCCCUGGUCUCAGCUGGCUUAUCUAUACAGUUUUCAAUGCACACAAAAUACAACCUCAUGUUCCCUGCAGCAAGACCCCUGAAAGUGACCCAUGCUUCUGGCUGGCGUUCUGCAUGUCUAGUGAUUGUCUUGGGAAUGUUCCACUGCUACCUGUACCAGUGACUUUGCAGCACAAGAACCUGUUAAAUGUAACUAUGCAUAUCUGUUUGGAUUCAUGUGUGUCAGGUCCGAGUAAGGGGACCUGAAGAAUCAAUCCGUGUGAGUUUGUUUUCAAAAAUGAAUUAAAACACACCACUCUCUGG